CAAUGGAAGAGACACAUGGCGUUCUGGGAAAGAAAAAAGGUCUUCCCUGUAACAUCAACCCUCGUGACAAAGAUGAUGCAGUUGCUAUGGUACUAUGGUUUAAAGAAAGCAUAGGAGAACCACUGUACAGGGAUGGCAGUUUCUCAAGACACACUAACUAUUGUCGAUUAAGUGUGGCAGCUUACAGUUUUGAUGUACGAGCCAGGUCCUACAAAGACGCGAAACAGUGGUCAUCGCCAACGGUUUUCGGUUCGAGGGCCCUAUUCCGACCGUCCACCGUACCGGCCACUCUAGUCAUCGACAAGAUUCAACAGUCCGACGAAGGCAUCUACAGAUGUCGAGUCGACUUUAGCAAUUCACCCACCAGAAAUAGCAAAGUUAAUUUUACUGUGAUCGUACCUCCUGAGAAGAUACACAUUUAUGAUGACAAAAGAAUAGACAAAUCAGUAUUAUUAGGACCAUACAAUGAAGGCUCAGAUGUGAAUCUGCUCUGUGAAGUAAAAGGCGGUCGACCCCGUCCCCGAGUCGUCUGGUUCCUCGAGAACACCGUAAUCGACGACUCGUACGACAACCGAUCGGACGGCGUGGUCGUCAAUCACCUGACUUUUCCCAACGUGGGACGCCAGCAUUUGCACGCGCGACUGAUCUGCCAGGCGACCAACAACAACAUAGUGCCGCCCGAGACCAAGGCCGUCGUCCUAGACAUUAAUUUGAAGCCGCAGAGCGUGAGCAUCCUCACCAAAGAAAAACACGUAUCGGCCGACAAAAGAUACGAGGUCGAGUGCCGGACGUCCGGAUCCCGCCCGGACGCCGUUAUUACGUGGUGGAAAGGCAGCCGGCCCGUCAAGCGGCUGGCAAAAAACUUCGCUCAGCAAAACAACCAGAGCCUCAGCAUUCUCAAUUUCGUACCUGUGAUAGAUGACGAUGGCAAGUAUCUGACUUGCCGAGCGGAGAAUCCGGCCAUACAAGAAAGCGCGCUGGAAGAUAAGUGGAGAUUAAACGUUCACUAUGUUCCGGUCGUAACGUUAAAGAUGGGUUCGACCCUAAACCCGCAGGACAUCAAGGAGGGCGACGACGCUUAUUUCGAAUGCAACAUAAGGGCCAACCCCAAGGCCUACAAGCUCUCCUGGUUUCACAAUAAUGUGGAGAUUUAUCAGAACGUCACAGGAGGUAUAAUCCUGAGCGACCAAAGUUUGGUUCUUCAAAAUGUUGUAAAGUCAACUGCUGGCGAAUAUACCUGUGUGGCUACAAAUUCAGAAGGAAGAGGAACCAGCAAUCCAGUCAAAUUAAUUGUGAAAUACGCUCCCGUGUGUAUCCAGGAACGGGAAGAAGUAUACGGCGCCCUCAAACAGGAGACGGUGGCGUUACGAUGCGAAGUGGACGCUAACCCGCCAGUGGCCUCCUUUCACUGGACGUUUAAUAAUAGCGGCGAUCAAACCGAUGUGUCAUCGGAGAAGUAUACUACUGAGGUUACGUCUUCGCUUCUCAACUACACGCCAAACACCGACCUCGACUACGGCACGCUCCUUUGUUACGGCGAGAACGAAAUUGGCAGACAGAAGGAACCUUGCGUCUUUCAAGUGGUUAUCGCAGGUCGUCCAUCUCAACUACAGAACUGCUCAUUGUUAAAUCAAACAGCAAAUUCUCUACAAGUGGAAUGCGUUGAAGGAUAUGACGGAGGCCUAACUCAAAGUUUUUAUAUGGAAAUUUUAGAACUACCUAGUUUAAGGUCUAGAUUUAAUUUAACUACAUACAAGGCGCCUGUGUUCGUCGCCGACGGCCUCGAUCCCGGAACCACCUACAGGAUCAUGCUGUACGCCGUCAACAAAAAGGGUCGCAGCGAGGCGACAGUGAUUGAUCCCGUUACGUUCAAAGGCGUGGCCAAGCUACAAGGCGCCACGGCCAGCAUGCCGGUCAGCCCGCUGAUUAUGGGCCUGCUCGGCACCGCAGGAAUCCUGGCGACGGGGGUGUGCCUGGUCCUCGCCGCCCUCUGCAGGAAGCAUUAUGCCAGGCCCUGUCACAGGCCCGAUGCUAAUAGUACUAAACACGUCCCCAUGGAGGCGGUCAUCAACGCGGAUGACCUGAUCGUGGACGGCUCCAUUACAGGAGUGCGCACCCCCAAUAGCUCAAUCGAGCACACAAUCACUGCUGAAGCUAUCAGAAAUGGAAACACCAUCGAAGCCACCGAUCCAGAUAUUAUUAGGAAUCAAUAUGAGAGACGCCCUCUUCAUGGUUUCAUGCAAGUUUACGAAUAUGAACCACCGGGCUGCAGAGAAGAGGACGAUCAAGAAGAUGAUGGCGAGGGUUAUGCUUUCAAGCACGUUGCCAAAGAGAUACAUGCCCCAAGUCAAACGAUGUACCGCAGCCUCCAGAGGCCGUGCCGGACGAACCCGGUACCGCCGCCGGCCAUCGCCGGAUCCCAAACGCUGACGCACAAGUACCGCGGCCCGGAAGUCGUCACCACAUCGAACCGGAUACAGGAGAGUUGCAUAUAAGAAAGAGUAAUUAAGAUCAUCUCAUUGUUUUUAUCAUUGUAAUAUAUUAAUGUAUUUAAAGUAUAAAAUAAAUAAAGACGUUCUUGUCGUUA